AGGGGAGAAACCUCUCCUAGGGCUUUAACUGUUUAAGGCAAACACACACUCCUGUCUUCUGGGUUUUUUUUUUUGGUUUGUUUCUCAAGGAAAAAAUUUCAACUUUCUUUCUUUUUUAUCCGAUAAAUUAAAAGAAUAUGUUAUCAAUCUUAAUCUGAUUCAAUCUCAUUGCGGCUAAAAUUCUCAAAAGGCCGCUUAUAGGGUCUCUCUCUCUCUGUGUUUCUUUCUUCAAAAAAAAAAAAUUGAUUCUUUUUGAAAUCACUACGGUACGAAGGUUGUUGUAAUGGCGAGUAGGAAGCUAGUUCGAGAUUUACUAAUCACAAAGCAGCCUCUUUUUCAGCAAUUGACUCACCAAAGGAGAGUUGGCGCAGGGAGAUUAGGGCUUCUUCUACAGGGAAAUGGGUAUGCGAGCCAUCGCCGGUUUAGUGUUUUCAGUGACUUCUCCAAGAAAAUUAGAGGGGAAGCUGAAAGCAAUCCUGAAUUUCAGAAAACAGUGAAGGAGUUGAAGGAAAGAGCAGAGGAGUUGAAAGGUGUAAAAGAGGACCUGAAAGUUAGAACGAAACAAACGACUGAGCAGCUGUAUAAGCAAGUUGAUGGAGUUUGGACUGAGGCUGAAUCUGUGGCCAAAAAGGUCUCUUCAAGUGUGAAAGACAGGCUCUCAGCAGCCACAGAAGAGGUCAAAGAGUCAUUCAAGCUCGGAAAGGAGGGGAAUGCAGAGUCAGCAAGUUCAUCAAGCACAGGAACCACUGAAGGUGAAAAACAACAGCAGCAGCAGCAGCAGCAGCAGCAGCAAUCAGGUACGACGGAGGAGCAAAGUACAUUUUUUGGACAGUUCAAAUCCAGCAUUUCUUCCCCAAAACUAUCCGAGGCGUUUCACAAGCUGAAGGAAGCCAAACCCCUUGACUUUGCAAAGAAGGGACUUGACAUUGUAAAGGAUGAAUUGCGUGGAAACCCAUCUAAAAGGAAGCACCUGGAAUAUACUCCUCCACCGCCAUUUACAGGUGAGAGAAGUACGAGAACGGAGAUGGUGGUUACGCCAACAAAACAGUCCAAGUGGCAAAAAAAAUGGGAAUCGUUAAGAGAAAAGAUGCAAGGGUAUCCUAUAUUUAAACGUAUUAGUGGGAUGAGUGAGCCUGUUGUCAACAAGAGCCAAGAGAUUGCAGAAGAUGUGAUGGAAAGAUGGGAAACCAGUGAUAAUCCGAUAGUUCACAAGAUUCAGGACAUGAAUGAGAAGAUCUUUGAGGAAACAGGUUCUGCAUCGACUUACAAAGAGAUACGCCGCCGAGAUCCAUCAUUUUCCUUGCCGGACUUUGCUGCAGAAGUUCAGGAAGCCAUCAGACCAGUCUUGAAUGCAUAUAGUAAGGGAGAUGCUGAGACCUUGAAGAAGUAUUGCAGCAAGGAAAUGAUUGAACGGUGCACGGCAGAGCACAGAGCUUUCCAGGUUCAUGGUCUUUUUUUCGAUCACAAGCUUCUGCAUGUAUCUGAAGUCGAAAUUCUAGAGACAAAGAUGAUGGGGAAUUAUCCAGUAAUCAUCGUCAAGUUCCAAACGCAAGAAAUCUACUGCGUCCGCGACAAGAAUGGAAAUAUCAAAGAAGGAGGCCAGGACACGAUACACAUGGUGCACUACGACUGGGCAAUGCAACAAGUGGAGGCAUCAGAGUUAGGAGAAGAUGCGAUUUAUCCCAUUUGGAGGCUCAGAGAGAUGCGGAGAAUGGGUAUUCAAGCUCUAAUUUGAAUUCUUCUAACUUAUAAGAAGCUAAGCCUCUCUAUUUGCCAAUGUACCAUCAUUUACUCAAAUCUUGUGUGCUCUUGCAUUUUUCUUUUCUUGUUCUUCUUCUCUCGGGAAGGAGUAGCUUCCCAUGUUUCCGGGGAAUAAGUUUUGACAAAUAUAUAAUUAGUUCCCAAGUCGUUUUCAAGUUUAACGAAGUUUUUUGGUCAUGUUCGUGCCCUAAAAGGGUAAAGACCCUUUGGUUGGAAAAUAAAGAGAACAAGAUUUGGUAAA